GGUAGUCGUCACGCUUGAGCCGUCGGUUUCACACGAUUUGCAAACGAGAAUACAAACAAGUGCAUUUUCUAAUAACGCCCACGCUAACGUGACAUUACACGAGUGCGCAAAUUCUAGCUUUCGAUUUUAUAAAUCAACCGGAUUUCUGAAAAUCCAAAUACAAAAAUAAUAAAACUUUGCAAAACGUGGAAGCAGACAAAGUGAUAUGAAGAAAACAAAAACAAACUCUUCUGAGUAUGGAUAAAUCUGUAUCGCACGACGGACACAUGGCAGCUUGAAAGGCAAGACUGACCUUUCGAGUCGCCGAAGAAGGAUGUCGAUGUAAGUUGGAGCGCCCGAGAUCGAAGGUUGUCUUCUUGAUGUCUCGAGAUUGAUGAUUUAAUUUCAAUUUUCUGGUAUCGAACGAGGAAAAUCACAAAUUGUUUUUCUCAUCUAUAAACUAAUGGAUCUGUCUUUCUAACUUGUUAGAUUGUCUAUGUAAAUAUGUGAUUGUUUCCAUAUUAUUACUAUACUUGCGUAUUACUACUUUCUGGAAACCAUUACAUAUACCAUAUAUUGACAAUCAUAAAUUAUCAGAUGUGCAAAUAAAGUCCGUAUGACAAAGAAAUAAGUACGUUCUGAUGAAUGUAUUUCCAAUGCAGAUCACAUGUGAAUGCCAAGCAAAUUCCUAACGGUAAGGAUGAUCAUGUCGAUUCUGACGCAAAUGUGGACGCCGUGCAGAUCGCGAUCGGCAAUCUCGGCAGGUGGCAAAUCAUCGUAUGCCUGGCAAUCUCUUUGGUCAAAUUUCCGGUAGCAUGGCAUCAAUUAGCAAUCGUUUUUAUGGCACCUCAUCAAGAUUAUAAUUGCACGGAGCCUGCUACUGCGGAAGAAUACUCCAAGGACCAAUGCACGGUUAAUCUUAACGGCACGCUGGUAAAAUGUACGGAAUGGGAGUAUGACAGAAAUCUAUUUCCCGAGACCAUCAUAUCGCAGUGGAAUCUAGUCUGUGAUCGGACGCACUAUGCGAAUAUUCAACAGUCUAUUCUUAUGUUCGGAGUGCUUCUCGGUAAUAUAAUCUUCGGCAGUUUAUCAGAUAGAAAAUAUAUUCACAGAUAUGGUAGGAAAAUGCCGUUGAUGAUUUCUGUUAUUCUUCAACUUUUAUCAGGCAUUGGAUGCGCCGUGGUACCUUGGUUUUACGCAUUAUUAUUGAUGAAGUUGUUAAGUGCAUUAGCCACUGGAGGCACGAUGGUUACUAGUUACGUUAUCUGUAUGGAAAUAGUAGGUACACAAUGGCGUGCCGCCAUCACCGUUUUAUAUCAAAUUCCAUUCAGUUUAGGCCACAUGUCGCUAGCAGGACUUGCGUUCUGGUUCCGACAUUGGCAACAAUUACAGAUUGCCAUCACACUUCCAUCUAUUGUUCUUUUAAGUUAUUGGUGGAUAGUACCUGAAUCACCCAGAUGGUUAUUAGCUAUGGGAAAACAGAGAGCAGCAUGUGAGAUAUUGCAGAAGGCAGUCAAUAUUAACAAGGUUGAAAAUGUAGACAUUCCCGAAGUAGUGAGGAAACAUUGUUUGCAUCAAAAUCUUAAAAAAUCUACGCUGGACUACAAGGCUUCGUUUUUCGACUUGCUUCGCACGCCAAACAUGCGAGUUAAAUCACUCUCUAUUUUUUUCAACUGGAUCGUUUGCGGAAUGGGUUUGUUUGGGAUAUCACAGUACAUUGGCCAGGUCGGUGGCGACAUUUUCCUUAAUUUCGCAAUGUCCGGUGCCAUACAGAUUCCUGGGAAUUUCGUCGCGUGGUGGGCAAUGAACACACUAGGUCGACGGAUUACCCUGAUUUGCAGCAAUUCUAUAAGUGGCGUAGCCUGUCUAUUCUUAAUCAUCGUCUCAGACAAUAUGGCAUGGCUAAGACUGCUCUUGGCAUGCCUCGGUAUUGUCGGAAUGUCGGUGUCGUUUACAACAGUCUACCUUUUCUCCGGAGAGCUGUUUCCUACAGUCGUGAGGAACAUUGGAAUCGGCGCGAGUAGUAUGUGUGCUAGAGUAGGCUCUAUCAUGGCACCCUUUGUAGUAUCUUUGAAUUUUAUAGAGACGUGGCUACCACCCACUAUAUUCGGAGUUUUGCCUUUGAUUGGAUCCGCAUUGUGCCUAUUAUUGCCCGAAACUGCCGAAUGUACAUUACCAGAAACUCUUCAAGAUGGCGAAGAAUUCGGAAAGAAGCAUAAGUUAAAAGAAAAACGUGGAGAUUUAGAAGCAGAAGCGACAUUCUAAAGAAAAACUACAUCUACGUCACAACGAAGUCUUAAAUAUUUCAGAAAAAGCGAACGCGCGCUUAACAUAUAUAUAUAUAUACGUAUGCGACACGUGCGUGCGUGUAUUAUAUCAAAUUACAAAUGAUCUGAGUGUUAAUCAUGCCGUUGAAUCAAGUGUUAGUAUAAAGCAUAUGCACAUAUUUUAUUUAUUAUGUUACUUUCGUAAUAUUAACAACAUUAGCUUUACAGUUAUUCAUCUCAUCAUUCAACAUUUUGAUUUUCAUACUUUUCAUAAUAUUAUAAUUUAAAACUUAUCAGUUUCAAAUAUAGAAAAAUAUAUAUUUUAUAGAAAAAAUGUACAUAAUAAAUAUUUUUAAAAAAGCACAUAACUGUAUCACUGUGUUUUGCAAGAAAUUCAGACAAAAAGUAUAGCAGCAAGUAUUAAUUAUAUUUUUACUGCCAAAUAAAUAAGUAUACGUGAUUAUUAUGUAAGAUAUUUCAGCAAAUGUAUAAAUAAAAGUUCUCUUUUGUAAAAAAAACAUUUUUAUUUAUUAAAUAUAUUCGAUAUAACUCAAAA